UUCCAGACUGCAUGCAGUUUAGUAUUAAAAUGUUUUCAGUGCCAUCAACCAUUGUGUUGUUGUUACAUAUUUGAGAUGAUACCUCCACUUUGAGGUAUUUUAGUGAUUCAAGCAACGACAGUGACACGCGGCACUGACGCCACUCGCGGUGUAAAAACGUCACAGCUUGUUGUUUUUCAGGUGUUAUCCUCAAAGUGCAGAGUUACUGUAAGCAAAACAAGCUAACCUUAGUCAGGACGGCGGCGAGGCCCCAACCGGACGGGAACACGGGGGAACCAUGGCCAACAUCGCAGUUCAGAGGAUAAAACGGGAAUUCAAGGAGGUCAUCAAAAGCGAAGAGACAAGCAAAAACCAGAUCACAGUGGAUCUAGUGGAUGAAAACUUCACAGAGCUAAAAGGGGAGAUAGCAGGGCCACCUGACACACCAUAUGAAGGGGGUAAAUAUCAACUAGAAAUUAAAAUUCCAGAGACGUAUCCAUUCAAUCCCCCCAAGGUGCGGUUUAUCACAAAGAUCUGGCAUCCCAACAUCAGCUCAGUCACAGGUGCAAUAUGUCUGGAUAUUCUUAAAGACCAGUGGGCGGCAGCUAUGACACUGAGGACGGUCCUCUUGUCACUACAAGCUUUAUUGGCAGCUGCAGAACCAGAUGAUCCACAGGAUGCUGUUGUAGCCAAUCAGUACAAGCAGAACCCAGAGAUGUUCAAACAGACGGCGAGGCUUUGGUCUCAUGUUUACGCAGGCGCUCCUGUCUCCAGUCCGGAGUACACACGUAAAAUAGAAAAACUCUGUGCCAUGGGCUUUGAAAAAAAUGCAGUAAUAGUGGCAUUGUCGUCGAAAUCCUGGGAUGUGGAGACGGCGACAGAGCUACUGCUCAGUAAUUGAAUCGCAACACCCUUUUCAUCUUUCCCUUGAUCCCUAUCUUCCCUCCUCCUCACACAUACACACCAUCUCUCCUCCAAAUUUCCUAUCUUAAGUCAUCAUUUUCCCUGUUGAACCCUCUGUUUCAUGGUGGAGUCCUCAUCUCCACGAUCCUUGCCCUCCUUCAUCCCCUUUGUGUGGCAUCUCUCCUCCUUGCUCAUCAUCUCUGCUGUACCACACUCCAGUCAGUCGCUCUGUGAGCUCUUAUCUCUGGUUUCUUUUGGUUCAUUCUAUGUUUUUCUCAGUGUUGCAAUCAGGAGUUUCAUACGCAUCUCACCCCAAUCUGAAGCAAAUGCCAGACUUAAGACCCUGCCCAUUCCUGACAGCUGAGUCCAAGAAGCAGCUGUCAGCAGCUUGUCCUUGCCUAUGCAGUGCAUUAGCUUUUAAUUUGUGGAAACUUUAGGGGAGAGUUUAGCCAUUCUACCAGGCUCUUUUGGACUUUGUCAUGAUUUUUAAAUGCUGUUGGUCAGGUUUUCUGAACCUGGAUUGAGCCAAGUCCUUGUUAAAAAAACAACACAUUUCUGAGAAUUUUCAGCACCACAGUAAAAGGUAAGCUGAGGAGUAAAUGAACAUUGUAAGAACUGUUUGAGUCUUUCUUCUUCUUCCAUCUCUGGGAAAUUUUGAGGACACGAAAUAGCACAUACUUUUACCUUAAUAUGUGGACAUUCAAAUACAAUUUUGGAAAAGUAAGUGAAGUUUUCACACAUCAGGUCAAGGCUGCUAAAUCCUUGUUCAUUAAACCAGAUCACAAAGAGACGUUCACACAGUACCCACACUGAUUUUUUCCCCCUUCAACUGUUUGACAAACACAAAGCUUUCACAGAAGAACUCCAGCGCUCAUCCACACACCUUCUUCACAUGGCUUAAUAUUUCACCUGUCCUUCUCCUCAUAUUUAAGAAGAAGAAUUAUUUGAUUUUGACCUCCUGCGGGAAUGCAUAUGGAUUCUUGUUUUUAAACAGAGAAAAGACAAACAAAACACCCAUGUUCAGCUGUAACAUAACUUGUCAUAAGUCUGGAUGGAAAUAGUUCAAAACAAGUUUGAAAAAUAUUACAGCAUCUUAAUGAUGCCGAUGGACAAAUACAGUAUGUCAACAAGAUUCAUCUGUAAAUAAAGAUAUUAAAGUCUGUGUAAAUUAAA